AUAUACAAUCAAUGGAUUUUUUUUGUUGCAACAUUACGUUUUCACGCCCUGCAGUCACCACUGCCAACUCACAAACAGGAGCUCCCAUACGGCACGUGAAGGCAUCAUAUCCGCUUUCUUGGAAAUUACUUGGAGCUGUUUUGAGAAAGAGAAAAGACCCGUGCCAUUCAAUAUCUCAGAUAGCAGUCCGGAGUCCCCGAUACGCGAUGGGAGGUUGUGAAAUCUGGUUCCAGGAACUGGACGGAGAACAAAACGAUCCGUGGUUUAAUUAAAGACGAAAAACAGCAGUACGUGCAGCCGAGUCCUCACAUCUGUCUGAGAAGUUUGAAGAAGUUCAGAAACUUCUCGGCAAUUUUAAGCUCGUUAAAAUGACAAAGCGGACUGAUUUGCUCGUGCGAGUGAGACGACAUUGCGCUUCAACCCGACACUAAACGCGCCUGAGAGCGUCCAGACAUCCGCGGGCGGCGCUGGGAGGAGUUUGAGGUUCCUGCCUCCAGCUGCUCUCCUCCUCAGGUCAUCAUAACGCGGGACAGCAGCCGGAUGAAAACCACGCGCGGUCUGCUCGUCCUCCCGAUCCCGAUGCGAUCGGUCUGAUCGAUCCGCAGUCCGGGUCCCAGUCUGACCAUGAAACCAGCUGGCGCGGCUCACAAAGAGGAGCUGAGCGACUUUCUGCGGCUUUUCCUCGAGUCCGGAGGAGCUGAGAUGCGGAGGAGCAGAUCCUGAAGCUCUUCCCACCUGAACAGACGAGAGGUGAGCGUCUCGCGGGCUGUCCACGAGCACCGCGAGUCGCUGAGAAAAGCUUUAAAGACUCGUCACAGUUUCCAGGUUUCAGGCUGCUUCUCUGGCUGACUCGUGAGACGUCCUGAAGGCUCCUUCAGGGGGACAACAAGUGAACUAAGAUUGUGGAUUUGUGUGCUGCUGGUUGUUCUUUGCAGUGGCGCUCUUCGCGGUGGUCAGCAUGUCCCUGUGGAUGAUCCUUCCUGUCAGCCUGCCUGUCUUCACCAUCACUGGGAUAUGGGUGGUAUAUGCGAUGGCCUUGUACAACCAGCACGUCUGCCCCGUGCACAACUGGCUUUACAAUGCGUCCUGUGAGGAGCAGCUUCCAUUACAGCGGGGUCCUGUUCUGUGCUGCACCCUGGACAACAUACCACUCAUCAGUAAAUGUGGGACCCUCCCACCUGAGAGCUGCUUCUUCAGCCUCAUAUGCAGCACCGGAUCCUUCAUGGUGAUGCUGAUCGGCCUGCUGCGUUACGCCCACGUGAUCGAGAAGCACCAGAACUGUGUCCUCAACACGGCCGGCCUCUCCACCGCAUGGAUCUGUGCUGCUGGGCUCAUCAUGGUGGGGAACUUCCAGGUGGAUUUUGCCAAAGUCCUCCACUACGUCGGGGCUGGUGUGGCCUUCCCCUCCAGCAUGCUGUUUGUGUGUCUGCAGUCGGCUCUGACCUACAGGCUGGCCAAGACCCAAGACGAGUACCGGAUGGGUCACCUCCGAGUGGGACUGACCCUGCUGGCCCUCAUCGCCCUGGUGCUCAGCGGCGUUUUCUUCUGCCAGGAGAGCUUCGCCCUGCAGCACGCCUCCGCCAUCUUCGAGUGGGUCUACUGCAUGCUCAUCAUGCUCUUCUACGGGACAUUCGCCUUCGAGUUCGGGGACAUGUCGGGGGACACGCUGAUGGUCCUGUCCAGAGGAGGGGCGAUGCAGAGCUUCUCCACCUCUGAACACAAGACAGAAGUGGGCGGCGGCUCCAACCGCCACCAGACAGAGAGCUUCUCCGUGCUGUAACCCAGCUACGGCAUCUCCGGAGGUCAAAAAGGGCCCAUGUGGAAGUUGAUUGUCCUCACGCUGCAGCCACGGUGCCAAAGCUUUCCCACUCAGCAGUGACCAAAGACUGACAAACUUUCAUCCUGCUUUGCACCGGUGCAGGCCAUUCUGUAGAACCCUGCAGAACCCAGCAGAACCCUGCAGUACCCUGUAGAACCCUGCAGAACCCUGCAGAACCCAGCAGAACCCUGCAGUACCCUGUAGAACCCAGCAGAACCCUGCAGAACCAUGCACAAAGCUGCCUUUCCUGCACACAAAGACCAGCAGAGAUCCCCACGCACACACACAGUCCUCGCUGUUUGUUGUAGUUCUCUUAACGAAACAAUCGCCCUCUCAAGUUGUUUUUUAAUCAGAGGGCCGCAGAGCAGUUUGUUCUAAUGUUUAGACGCUCAGACAUCGAGCUCCGUAUUGUUUUAAACUCAGGAAGUUUUGUUACAUAAUCAGCUUUGGCUCUUUACCUCCUCACUUGCAAGCUGAAGUUUUCCAAAAAAGAUCUGACAAUAGAUGGAAAAGUUACCGUGUGCCAAGAAUAAUUUGUUCCAUUUAACGUGGUUUAAUUGUUUGUGUUUUUACUCAAAGUUAUGUCUUUGAUGUUUUUUUCUAGAUGUAUCUUAUAAUAAUUCAAGUUAAAAUGUCCACAGGACCGUCUUCGUCCGCUGUCUCGUUCUGUCCAGUGAAACUCUGCUGGGUGGUUUGUUGUGUCUCACCUCAGCUCUUCGUUCCUCUCAGUUUUAAUGGGACCAAGCUGUUCAGUAAGGACGAAUGUUGUCUUUUCCAAAAAGGUAAAGUUUAAUACGCAGAGAACAAAAAAAUUAAAGCAAAAAAAAAAUUU